AUGACGCUGCAAAGAUCGUCGUCGUGGGGAGUGCAGACGGGGACCGGAGAAGAAGUGUACCGCACGCUAUCGCGAACAUUUAGCAACAGGCCGAAAGAAGAGACAUAUCCGGAGAGCACCAGCAGCAGUGAUGAUUCCACGAAAAAGGCCGCCGACUGGGGACUGACAGAAGAAUUGAAGCAAACGCAGCAACAAAACGAGAAUGAUGGUGCGAAGGACAAAAAGCUAGGGAUUACCUGGACUGACCUGGACAUCAAAGGCAUCGGCGCCGAUGCUGCCUUUGCCGAAAAUGUCAUCUCGCAAUUCAACAUUCCCAAAAAGAUCAAGGAAGGCCGGCAAAAGCCUCCGCUCAAGACGAUCGUGGACAAGUCUCACGGAUGCGUCAAGCCUGGUGAGAUGCUUCUCGUUCUCGGUCGUCCUGGCGCAGGCUGCACAUCCCUUCUGAAGAUUCUUGCGAAUCGAAGACUGGGCUAUGCGGAAAUCGACGGCGAUGUCAAAUACGGAUCGAUGGACCACAAACAGGCCCAGCAGUAUCGAGGCCAGAUCGUCAUGAACACAGAAGAGGAACUCUUCUUUCCAACGCUCACCGUCGGCCAGACCAUGGACUUUGCGACACGGAUGAAGGUUCCAUACAACGUUCCAUCGAAUUUCAGCAGUGCAAAGGAAUUGCAGCAGGCACAGCGGGACUUCCUGUUGAAGUCCAUGGGCAUUGAGCACACCGAUGAUACCAAGGUCGGUAAUGAGUACGUCCGAGGUGUCAGUGGAGGUGAACGAAAGCGAGUGUCGAUCUUGGAGACCAUGGCCGCUCGGGCUACUGUCGUGUGCUGGGACAAUUCGACCCGCGGACUGGAUGCAUCGACAGCACUGGAAUACACAAGAUGCGUCCGAGCGAUGACAGAUGUGCUGGGUUUGAGCUCAAUAGUUACGUUGUACCAAGCGGGCAAUGGUAUCUACGAGCUCUUCGACAAGGUUCUCGUUCUUGACGAAGGCAAAGAGAUCUUCUAUGGUCCAAUGUCCCAGGCCAAACCAUUCAUGGAGGAUCUCGGAUUCGUCUGCACAGACGGCGCAAAUGUCGCAGACUUCUUGACCGGCAUUACUGUUCCCACCGAACGCCGCAUACGAGAUGAAUACGAAGACCGUUUCCCUCGUAACGCCGAUGAGGUCCGCGCAGCAUACCAAAAGAGCAACAUCAAGGCCCGCAUGGAGCAGGAGUACGACUACUCAGAUACCGAAGAGGCUAAAACCUGCACACAGACCUUCUGCGAGGCCGUUCAGGCAGAGAAGCACAAAAGUCUUCCCAAGAAGUCUCCCCUUACCACCAGCUUCUACACCCAAGUUCAGACAUCCGUCAUCCGGCAAUACCAAUUGCUAUGGGGUGACAAAGCCACGUUCUUCAUCAAGCAAAUCUCGACCGUCUCUCAGGCUCUGAUCGCCGGCUCCAUCUUCUACAACGCUCCUGCCAACUCAUCCGGUCUCUUCAUCAAAGGCGGCGCCCUCUUCUUCUCCCUCCUGUACAACGCUCUCGUGGCCAUGAAUGAAGUGACAGACUCCUUCAGCGCUCGCCCUAUUCUAGCGAAACACCGAGGUUUCGCAUACUACCACCCAGCAGCGUUCUGCGUAGCGCAGAUCACCGCCGACAUUCCGAUCAUCAUCGUCCAGGUUACCUUACUCUCCUUGCCAAUGUACUGGUUGACAGGCCUGAAGCCGACCGCUGCGGCAUUCUUUACCUAUUGGGCUAUCCUCUUCGCUACGAGCAUGGCUAUCACCGCGUUCUUCCGCAUGAUCGGUGCUGGAUGUGCGACGUUUGAUGCGGCGUCGAAGGUCUCUGGGUUUGCGGUGUCGGCGUUGAUCAUGUACACGGGCUAUAUGUUGCCGAAGCCGAAUAUGCAUCCUUGGUUUGUCUGGAUUUACUGGAUUGACCCGCUCGCUUAUGGAUUCGAGGCUCUCAUGGGCAACGAAUUUAGCAAUCAAGUCAUACCUUGCGCGAACAACAAUCUCGUACCGAACGGACCAGGCUACGCCGACUCAGCCUUCCAGGCCUGCACUGGCGUCCGAGGUGCACCACGAGGAUCGACCAUCGUCACCGGCGAGCAGUAUCUCGACAGUCUCUCCUACUCGCCCUCCAAUGUUUGGCGUAACUUUGGAGUCCUCUGGGCCUGGUGGCUACUUUUCGUCGCUCUGACGAUCUACUUCACCAGCAAUUGGAGUCAAGUCUCAGGCAACAGUGGUUUCUUGGUUAUCCCCCGCGAGAAGGCGAAGAAGGCUGCUCACCUAAUGAAUGAUGAGGAGGCGCAGCCAGCUGGUAUGAGUGAGAAGAAGACCGCGGAAGACAAGGAGAAAGACGGCAACGUUGACAGCCAGCUCAUUCGCAAUACCUCCGUCUUCACCUGGAAAGGCCUUACCUAUACGGUCAAGACUCCCACCGGAGAUCGAGUCUUGCUCGACGAUGUCAAAGGCUGGGUCAAGCCCGGUAUGCUGGGCGCUCUCAUGGGUUCCUCAGGGGCCGGUAAAACGACCCUGCUCGAUGUUCUGGCGCAACGGAAAACCGAGGGCACUAUCAAGGGUAGCAUUCUGGUCGACGGUCGAGAUGUGCCCAUCUCCUUUCAACGUUCCGCCGGCUACUGCGAGCAGCUUGACAUCCACGAGCCAUUAGCUACCGUCCGCGAGGCACUCGAAUUCUCUGCCUUGCUUCGGCAACCUCGCGAUGUCCCACGCGAGGAUAAGCUGAAAUAUGUCGACACAAUCAUUGACCUUCUUGAGAUGCACGACAUCGAGAACACACUCAUUGGCACCACUUACGCCGGUCUGUCAGUCGAGCAGCGGAAGCGAUUGACCAUCGGCGUGGAAUUGGUUUCCAAGCCUAGCAUCUUGAUCUUCCUGGAUGAGCCCACGUCCGGACUGGACGGACAGGCUGCGUUCAACAUCGUACGCUUCUUGCGCAAGCUGGCUGACGUGGGACAAGCUGUACUUGUCACAAUCCAUCAGCCAUCGGCAUCUCUCUUUGCUCAAUUCGACACACUCUUGCUACUCGCCAAAGGUGGUAAGACAGUCUACUUCGGAGACAUCGGCGACAACGGCCAGACCGUCAAGGACUACUUUGGACGCUACGAUGCUCCUUGCCCCAAAAACGCAAACCCGGCCGAGCACAUGAUCGACGUGGUAUCAGGAACCCUCAGCAAAGACAAAGACUGGAACCGCGUCUGGCUCGACUCACCCGAGCACUCCGCCAUGACCACCGAGCUCGACCGCAUCGUCUCCGACGCCGCCAGCAAACCCCCUGGCACCCUCGACGACGGUCGCGAAUUCGCCACAUCCCUCUGGACACAGAUCAAACUCGUCACGAACCGCAACAACAUCUCCCUCUUCCGCAACAACGACUACACCGAUAACAAAUUCAUGCUGCACAUUGGUUCUGCCUUAUUCAACGGUUUCACAUUCUGGCAGAUCGGCAACAGUGUGCAGGACCUUCAACUCCGCCUCUUCGCCCUGUUCAACUUCAUCUUCGUCGCGCCUGGAGUUAUCGCCCAACUUCAACCACUCUUCCUCGAGCGCCGCGAUCUCUACGAAGCGAGAGAGAAGAAGUCGAAAAUGUACCACUGGUCCGCCUUUGUCACUGGGCUCAUCGUCAGCGAGAUCCCCUAUCUCGUCGUCUGCGCGGUGCUCUACUUCGUGUGCUUCUACUACACCGUCGGCUUCCCCGCCGCCAGCAGUUCCGCCGGCGCCGUCUUCUUCGUCAUGUUGUUUUACGAGUUCAUCUACACCGGUAUCGGCCAAUUCGUCGCCGCCUACGCUCCAAACGCCCUCUUCGCCUCCCUCAUCAACCCCUUCAUUAUCAGCAUGCUCGCCCUCUUCUGCGGUGUGCUCGUCCCCUACGCCCAAAUCCAGCCUUUCUGGCGUUACUGGUUCUAUUAUCUCAAUCCUUUCAACUAUCUAAUGGGUAGCCUCCUUGUCUUCACCACCUGGAACGUACCCGUCACCUGCAAAACCUCCGAGCUCGCCGUCUUCGACACCCCGAAUGCUGGACAAACGUGCCAGGAAUAUCUGGCGGGUUUCUUGCAAGGCAUGGGCCGGACGAGUAAUCUGCUGAACCCGCAGGCGACGAGCGGUUGUGAAGUGUGCCAGUACCGGACUGGAGCGGAUUACCUAUAUGGCCUCAAUUUGACGAAGAAGAGCGAUGGAUGGAGGGAUGCGGGAAUUGUGGUGCUGUUUGCUUUCAGCUCGUAUGGGUGCGUAUAUUUGUUGAUGAAGUUGCGGACGAAGGCUAGUAAGAAGGCGGAGUGAGGGGAGAUGCAUUGGUUGGAAGUGAAUUGUACAGACGGGUACUGGAUGCAUAUGCAGCGUUGGCGUUUUGGGAAAAAGACGCACUGUAUGAAUGACCACGAUAGAUUAGAAGAUCG